UUUUUGUUUUUAGUUUUUUCUGACUCUGCACCUGACAGGGGGAGGAUGGAAACUCUGAAAGACUUGGUAAAGGGAGUGAUGGUGGAGAGCCAGACAGCGGUUCUGUUAACCUCUGUUGCCUGCGGGGUGGGUGCCCUGCUGAUGGUGGUGCAGACUGUUACCGGGAACCGGGCAGCGAAGGACAAGAUCCAAAGAGCCAGGAGCAGGAGGACCGAGAGCCUGCAGCGAGCUGAGCAGGAGGUGCUCCGGUACAAACAGUUGCAUCCAUCCUGUGACUCUGCUGCCAUAUUGUCACUGUCGUUGUCUGAGUUGACAAAGCAGCUGCAGGAAGGUUCACUGUGCCCCGAGGAUGUGUUUUACUCCUACAUGGAAAAGGCUCUGGCUGUGCACAAGGAGCUGAACUGCUGCACAGAAAUUUUGCUGGAGAGUUUCGACCAACUGAGAACAAUUGGCUCCAACAAGGACGGCCUGCUGUAUGGUGUUCCUAUCAGCAUUAAAGACAAUGUUUCAUACAAGAACUAUGACUGCACCUGCGGCGUGCUCAUAAAUCUGAGCAAGCCAGCCAAGAAGGAUAGUGUGAUUGUGGAAGUACUGAAGAAACAAGGAGCCAUUCCUUUCACAAAAACCAACCUGCCACAAGCACUAUUAAGUUAUGAUUGCAGUAACCCCAUCUUUGGACAGACAGUCAACCCUUACAAUCCCCAGAAGACCUCUGGAGGUUCCUCUGGUGGGGAGGGGGCGCUGAUUGGUGGAGGGGGCUCCAUUCUUGGCAUUGGCACCGACGUAGGGGGGAGUAUCCGCAUACCUGCCGGUUUCUGCGGCAUCUGUGGCUUUAAACCCACAACAGGCCGACUCAGCUCACAGGGCAUUGUUCCCAUUUUCCGAGGUCAAAAGUGCGUGCUUUCAUCUCCUGGACCCCUGGCGCGGGACGUGGACAGUUUAGCUCUGUGCAUGCAGGCUCUGCUCUGUGACCACAUGUUUUCCUUGGACCCAACUGUUCCCCCUUUACCCUUUAAUCUUCAGACAUACCAGAGCUCCAAGCCUCUCAGAAUCGGUUACUUUGAACAAGAUGGGUACACGCAGUCUCCUCCGAGCAUGAUUCGCGGCCUCAGAGAGGUCAAAGCUCUGUUGGAGCAGGCCGGGCACACAGUGGUGCCUUAUGAACCUCCGAGGGUGAGUUAUGCUGUCAAUGAACUCAUCAUGAAGGGCGUGUUGGCAGAUGGAGCUGCCACCUUGCUACAAAAACUGAAGGGAGGGCCUGUGGACCCCUGCUUCAAACCUCAGAUUAUUCUGUACUCCAUCCCUAACUGGUUGAAGAGAAUCCUCAUAUUCCUGCUGAAGCCCUUUUCUCGUCGCAUCCCUCCCCUUCUCAGCGCCCUCUGCGGAGUCAGUUCCCCCUCGGACGUUUGGAAGCAGCAUGCUGAUGUUGAGGACUACACUUUGGAGACGAUAGCACACUGGAGGAAAUGCAACAUAGAUGUGCUGCUCUGCCCCAUGAUUGGACCGGCCUUCAACUUCUUGUACUGCGGCAAACUCACAAAUCUCGCCAGCUUAACAAUGAUAUACAAUGUCCUUAAUUUUCCGGCCGGUGCUGUCUCCGUAUCCACGGCGACAGCUCAAGACGAGGCGGGUGACUGGGAGGAAGGAUUGCCUUGGCUGAUGCUGGCCGCCAGGGAGGUAACCCAGGAAAGCACCGGGUUUAGCCCAAAUGAAUUGGUUUUUGCGCACACCGUGAAGGGUCCAUUGUCUGUGGUGGCGGACGGGCUGAAAGAGCCUGUUCCACCGAAAAACUUGGUGGAUUAUGUUAAUGGGUUUAGAAGACGCUUGUAUCUGGCACGGGAACUCGUUAAACAGAAGUUGACUGUGGCGCAGAAAAAAAUGAAAAGCUUGUUUGUUCGGCGUGAGGAGGUGCGCACAUUUCUGCCGGGUGAUCAAGUGUUGGCUUUGUGUCCAAUUGUGACUUCUCCUUUUCAGGCAAAAUUCACUGGUCCAUAUACAGUUCUGGAGCGGGUUUCCGAUCAGAAUUAUUUAAUAUCCAUGCCAGAGCGGAGAAAGAAAACCCAGUUAUGUCAUGUCAACAUAUUAAAACCAUAUCACGCUCGUGAUGAUUUAUUUCAGUCACAGUGUAAUGUUGCCACGCCUGCAUGUGCCGUAAACAAUCUUGCUGGGAGAAGCGAGACUUUCAGCACCACGGACAGCGCACUGUCACCUGUGGGGGAUGACAGUGACGUGAAUGUGUUGGACAGCUCUCUGAUUCAUGGGCGUCUUAAAAAUUCUGAAACUUUGGGCAAAUUGGACACGUUGUUGGCUCACUUACCUGAAAUCGUACAAUCUGGAUAUUCAUUACAUUAAAGGAAAAGACAACGUCAUAGCUGAUGCGUUAUCUCGCGCUCCACUCUUGUAGCACGUGUUGUUUUUUGUGCUUGUUUUUGUCCCUGUUUCUUUUCUAUGUGCCUUAAAGACGCUUCUGAGUGCACCAGUUGCUGGUCUAGAGAGAGCAGAGGAAGGAACCUGUACAUUAAACGAAUCCAGCUGAGUAUAACGUGGGUAAGAGCAAUAUGUUAAGGGUGGCUGGGUUUACUUUACACUUUGGUGAAUUUGGCGCAGGGUUCCGUAUAGAACCUGCUUUUUUAUGGGCGGGGGUGUGACGGCCCUGCUGUGCGGUCCGGUAUGAAUGUGUGCUAUACUUUCAAUUAACCUAUCAAUUAAGGUCCUCUAAGUGGGAGGUGCUUCCAUCAUCCGGCCACCUGGGUGGUAUUUAAGGAGCGCCGUUCCAUUCACGAGAGGCUCACGUCCUCCGCAAGUUCGCCUACUGCGCGCGCCCACUGGUAGCGCGUCCCCAGAAGCAAGCCCGCCGCAGACGGCAGUCCAGUCCAGCUUGGGUUGGGGUCCGGACUUCCUGGUGUGGAGGGACCGGGCAUGGUCGCCCCAUCCAAGCUGCCAUUUGAUUCCGACGCCUAGACAUUCUUUGACUUUUUUAAAAUAAAUGCCUUUUAGGCUUAAAGCACU